AUGGAGACCACAACGAAUAACCAGACAUCGCCUCUGAAGGAAGAGGCUGACAUAAGCCCACUGGAUGAAACCAUCCAAGUUAAAUCCAUGUGCAUCAAUUGCGAGCAGGAAGGACUAAACAAGAUAGCAAAGUUGCAUAUCCCAUACUUCAAGAAUGUAUUAAUACAUUCUUUUGAGUGCGGAUUCUGCAACUACAGAAAUAAUGUUAUUCAAGAUUUAAACACGAUAAAGGAAAAAGGAGUAAAAAUAAUAUUCCAAAUUAGCCAACGUGAGCAUAUGGAUAGACAACUCAUUAAGUCUGAAUAUGGAGUUUUGAAGAUUCCACAAAUUGACUUUGAGAUUCCGAAAGAUACACAGAAGGGGUCCAUAAAUACCAUCGAGGGUUUUUUGCAGACUGCCCUUAGUAACCUCACCGAAUAUCUCAGAAAUUUGAAGCACAUGUAUUGUGAGGCCAAUGGGCUCCCAGAAGGGGCACCCAUCGAGGGGGAGCAACCACAGUCAGGCCAAGGCCCCAAUGGGGAACCUGGCGUAGAAGCUCACAACGUGGAAGGAGAAAUUAUCAAUAAGUCUGAACGUGGAGAAAAUGCUCAUGGAGAAGAUGCACGUGCAACAGACCAAAUGAGCCAGGGGGAUAAAUCUGCUGAUAGUAAUUUGCAGGGACAACAAAUGACCAUAGAAAAUUAUAUAAAGCUAAUCGAGUCCACAGUUCAUAAAUUAUCCACCUAUGUCGUUUCCAAGGAACCGAUGUUCACCAUAGAAAUUAUUGACCCGUCAGGACUGAGCUCCCUAGAGCAUUACGAUGAAGAUCUGCAAAAAGGCACCGUCACGGUGGAGCAUUACAAACGAAGCAAACAGGAGCUAAACGAAAUGGGAUUUUAUGAGGAAGACUUUGAGAGUAAAAAUGAGGGAGCUAAUUUGGAGACAAAUGGAGGCAAAGAAAAGGAGGACCAUGUAAUGGAAAAAGUCAAGAAGGAAAAUUUCGAUUUUAUUAAAAAGUAUGUCCACAUGAAUGACGCUAGGGGUAACGGUGUAAGUAGCAGUGUGAAUAGUGGCACGGCCGUGCGAUACGAAAAUAUAAGCGAAGACGAGGAAGGGAAGUUAAUAGAGUCCUUCACCUCCAAUUGCCCCUGCUGUAACUACAUGGGCUCCAACAACUUCUGCGAAAUUAAUAUACCAGGUUUUAAAAAGUGCUUAAUUAUGUCCUAUGUAUGCGCCAACUGCAACUUCAAAACGAGCGAAAUUAAGAGCAGCGGGGAGAUCAAUCCUAAAGGGAAGAAAAUUACCCUCACUGUAAGAAGUAAAAGCGACUUAAAUAGAUUCGUAAUCAAGUCAGAUACGGCAUCUAUUCACAUCCCCAUUGUGGACCUCACGUCGGAUUAUGGAACUCUCGGUGGUACUCUCACCACCAUCGAGGGCUUGAUUCUGAAAAUUAUUGAAUCGCUGGAGGAUAAAUUUAAGUUCCUACUUGGGGAUUCUAGCACAAACACGCACGGCCACAACCAGGGAGGAGAGCAAACGAACGAUAAUGUACUUCCCGGAAGCAAAAUAAAUAAUGACGAAUCUGUCACGAAUAAAAUAAAAACCCUAAUUGCCAACUUGUACAAGUUGUGCAAAACGGAGGAAUUGUGUCCUUUCGAUCUUGUCAUUGACGAUAUUGCAUCGAACAGCUACAUAUCAAGUGAUGAUAUUAUGCAUGAUGAAAAUUUAAAAGAAGAGGAAUACGAAAGAACGUUUGAGCAAAAUGAUGUGCUAGGCCUCACAUCAAUGAAUACGGAAAAUUACUGA